AUGGGCCCAAAGAGAGUUCUCAUCACGUAUGGAGUCGACGUUGAUGCUGUCGCCGGAUGGCUCGGUUCCUACGGCGGCGAAGACUCGACGAAUGAUAUUAGCCGAGGGAUGUGGGCAGGUACAGUUGGAACACGACGCCUUCUGAGGCUCUUCGACAAGUAUAACAUCAAAACGACAUGGUUCAUCCCCGGCCACUCGCUGGAGACCUUCCCGGAGGACAUGGCGGCGGUCCGCGACGCAGGCCACGAAAUUGGAUUACAUGGCUAUUCGCACGAGAACCCAACGGACAUGAGCAUUGAGCAGCAACGAGAUGUGCUCGACAAGACAUAUCGCAUGUUGACCGAGUUCGCAGGCAAACCGCCUCGUGGAAGUGUUGCCCCCUGGUGGGAAACUAGCCAGGAAGGCGCACAGCUCCUGUUGGAUUAUGGCAUCGAGUACGAUCACAGCAUGAGCCAUGAGGACUGCCAGGCAUACUAUCUUCGAACAGGCGACCGCUGGACCAAGAUUGACUAUAGUAAGAAGGCUGAAACUUGGAUGAAGCCGCUGGAACAUGGCCCUCAAACAGGCCUCGUCGAGAUUCCUUCCAACUGGUAUAUCGACGACCUGCCUCCGAUGAUGUUUAUUAAAAACGCUCCAAACAGUCAUGGCUUUGUCAAUGCACGUGACGUGGAAGAUAUCUGGCGCGAUCACUUUGAUUAUUUCUACCGCGAGUACGACGAGUUUAUCUUUCCGAUUACGAUCCAUCCCGAUGUUUCCGGGAGACCACAUGUGCUUUUGAUGCACGAGCGACUCAUUGAACAUUUCCAGAAACACGAAGGCGUGGAGUUUGUGACCAUGGAGCAAGUGUGCGACGAGUUCAAAAAGAAGAAUCCUGUUCCACCAGGAGCGCUGAUGCCUGCCCCGGUCGGAGCAAUGCUCAAGAACUGA